GAGGGACUCCAGCACAUGUCGGAGUCCGUGUUUGUGGGACUGUGUGAGAUAGUUGGAACCUCACAACAGGUGGCUAUCAGGAGGGAGACAAGGGACAUCAUGGAGAUGGUGGAGAGACGAAUGACACCUGAUGAUGGGGUCAUUGAGAUGUUGAGUGGAAGUAGAAGAGAAGGGUUCAUACUGGAGGGAUCAGAUAUGGACUAUAUGCACUGGCCAAACAACCACCGAAUGAUCAUGAACAUGUCUCAGUCUGAGUAUUACAACACAUCCAAUACAACCUUGAUUCUCUCUGACAGUUCUGAGAGUCCACCAGGAUUCACUUUACUUCAGUUACUGACACCAACAAUAGACAGAGACGUCCAAUCAGCAUGUGUCAGAAUGAAUGGCAGAGUCUAUAUAUCGAGUGCUAUAUACAGACAGUUAACUUGUUCAAUAGUAAUAUCUAAUUCUACUGUACAUGGACCCUGUGGUAGUGGUGAAAUAGCAGGACAAGAAUUUGACAGUGCUCACUGUUUUGUUUCUGACUUUUGGCCUCUGUCUGCCUCCUCAUGGAUAGACAGAUGUCACCCAUGGCCUGAUCCUGAAGUUGUUGACGACAUUGUCAGAAAUGGAUGCCACUUUGUAGCAAUAGGACACCCAUUUGGACCCCAUGAAAAUGAAGAAUGGAGAAUUUCUUUUUCACAAGCAGAGUAUAAAUGUGUGUAUGCAAUGAACCACAGCCAGUUCUUGACUUACGGAUUAUUAAAGCUGUUCUUAAAAGAAGUUAUAAAUGAACAAUCAGAAGAAACCAAUAAACUGCUGUGUUCCUAUCACAUGAAGACAACAGUUUUCUGGGCAAUUCAACAAAACACACUACCUCACUGGUGUCCACAAAACCUCCUAGUCGGUUUCUGGGUCUGCUUUAAACUCCUCCUUAAAUGGGUAUAUGAGGGGAUCUGUCCUAACUUUUUCAUCCCACAAAACAACCUGUUUCUGACAAAGGUUCAUGGCUCAGCACAAAACAGAUUGUUCCUAGAGUUACAUGAAUUGUACAAGAAAGGUCUGGCCUGUCUGUUACAGAGUUCCUCUAUCAGGUUCUUCAUCAUUGAUGUCCUGUACAAUCCUAGAGCUUUUGUUUUAACAGAUGAGAGUUUAAUUAUGCCUGAAGUUGACUAUGAUAUAGAACUUUUCGUCAACACAAUGUAUACUAAUGUAGGAUCAGGUAAACACCGAUAUAUAAAAGCCAUACACACAAUAGAACAGUGUGUAGAUUCACACCUUACACACUGUCAAGUUGUAACGUUACAGAGACUUACAGCCUCUGCCCUUCAGCGCACUGCUUUUAUAUUACACAACAUGUACACUAAUACAGGUGUCAACAAACAGAUGUAUAUUGCAGACAAAAUGUCCUGUCACAUGCUGAAAUUAGCAACCAAGUUUGGGUGUGUAUCUGACAUGUUGUACAUUGCUAUGUAUUAUUACAAGACACUCAGAUACAGGGAAGCUUUAUAUGUUAUAGAGAUGACAAAGGUCAAGUUAGCACAGCCAUAUCUGAUGUAUAGGAGACGUGUAGACAGAGAGAGGUAUACUGAGGCUGUAGGGGGACAGUCCUGGUCUACAAAGAUGAGACAGGCUGUAGCAAGGGAUAUCAAACUUGACAACAGAAUCUGUUUUAUCAAUGAACUAAUACCAGAACAACAGUCUGCUCUACAGAACAGAAUGCCUACGUUAGAUAUCCCAGUGUUUGUGAUGUUACACUUCCUAGAGUUCUUGUGUUACAGACACAUAGAUACAAAAUUAUCACGAGCCGCACUAGAUGAGCUACAGGUCCUAGUCCACCAUGAUCAGGGACUGUAUGUACGUGAUAUAUACAGAGACAUCUCCUGGGAGAUGCUGGGGAUCUGUCAACAGAUCACAGGGAACCUCCAGGCUGCUCUAUACUCAUACCAACAGUCACUCACACAAUAUCAAUGGAACAACAUACAAACUGCUACACAGAGGAGAAUUCAGGAUAUGAUUCAGUCAACACCAUACCAGUUAUUAGAGGUGGACAAUCUGAAGAAUGUGGCAAUAACUGUGAUAGCCAGCAACCGUCCGCAGUACCUUUACAGUAUCUCUAUAGUCCAAAAUUUAAACCACCUGUUAGGUACGUCUGGGGUCCGAGCCGACAUGAUCACGGUGUUCAUCGAUGGAUUCUUCCAGGAGCCCCUGGAGGUGACCAGACUGCUCGGGUUGAGGGGGAUACAGCACACCCCACAGGGGAAGAAGAACGCCAGGGUCAGCCAGCACUACAAGGCCAGCCUCACUGCCACCUUUGACCUUCACCCAGAUGCUUUGUAUACCAUUGUCAUUGAGGAAGAUCUAGAUGUGUCACCAGACUUUUUCAAUUACUUCAGUCAGACCCUGCACCUGAUGGAGAAGGACAGCAGUGUGUACUGUAUCUCUGCUUGGAACGACCAGGGUUACUCCCACUCAUGUAAGGACCCACGUAAGCUGUACAGGGUGGAGACCAUGCCGGGGCUGGGCUGGCUGCUGAAGAAGAAACUCUUCAAGGACGAACUGGAGAAACAGUGGCCUUCUUCUGACAAACAGUGGGACUGGGACAUGUGGAUGCGUCUCCCCACGGUCAGGAAGAACCGGGAGUGUAUCAUUCCGGACGUCUCCCACACCUAUCACUUCGGAUCUAAAGGACUCAACAUGAAUCCGUACUUCCAAGAAGUCUACUUUAAAAAACACUCCAUUGUUAACGAAUUUAACUUCGCUCUGAAGGACCUAGAGAGGAUGACAGCUGACAAAUACGAGGUGAUGAUAAAUGAUAUCCUGAAGUCAGGGGUAGUAGUGGACCACAGCAAGGACCCGUGUGAUAGCGGGCUGGUCCCCGACAACAAGGAUACUGUACAUGUCAUGUACAUAAAAAUGCAACAUCCCACAGAUUUUACAACCUGGAAACAACUCGCCAAGUGCUACCAUUUGUGGGAUCUAGAUGUGCGAGGAUUUCACAAGAGUAUGUGGAGACUCAACCUGAAUGGAACACCUGUAAUACUAGUGGGGGUACCUGCCUCCCCCUACCACUCGCAUAAAUCAGACAGUGUGAAGCCAUUUGUACUGGAGGAACCAUCAAAGAAAGCCAAGGCCCAGUAGAGGGAUGACCCCUGACCCCAGUAAAGGGCUGUCCCCUGCCCGCAAUACAUCCCCAGGGUAGAUCUGGAUCUGACUACUUGUAAACUUAGGAAUAUUACUCGGCUUUUCCUCCUCUUGGACCAGGAUCUAGACACAAUUUACAAUAAACAGGGUAACAGGAGGGAACCCUGUAAGGAACUGUUGUGUGCAAUAUUAUCAACUUGCUGGAUUUAACAACAUCUUUAUUGUUAUGAUAAACCAAUGUUUGUUUUAAGUACACUGGUGUGUGUUGUUAGCUUUAAGGUGUUGAUAUACUGUAUACAUGUCAAGAAUCUAUAAUAAUACUCUUGAGUUUUUGAUAGGUACAUGUUAUUAUUAUUUUUGAUACAUGUACAACGUAGCUGUACCGUAGCAGAAAUAGUCUCCUUCUGAUUGUCCUUUAUCCCUGGGUGAUUUACAUGUAAAAGACAAAAGUUGUACUGAAUGUAUAUUUUCCUGUACAACUGCAAUUAAAAACUAAUUCCAUGAAUAAGGUCCAAGUAAAAGAUUUAUAAGCUGCACACAGCGUUUGAUGGUGCAAAGUUUUCUCUUUAUUCUGUUUGGGUUUUUUUUCAUCUAAUCAAUGAAGAAUAUUUUAAUGUCAAUGUUUUACCUAAUGACUAACUAUUAAUAUAUCUUGUUCCGAUUAGAGUCAAUGUUCACCGCCUACCAGCUGUAGGGAUACUUGUUAUCUUAACAUCUCCGUAAUGAACCUAGCAUUUACAGUAAUCAGCAUGCUUUUUCAUUGUGUGGUAUGUUUACCCUGCUCAAAGUUUGGUUGGUGAUAUCUUGUGAUGAAAAACUGGCCUUUAAGCUUUCAGCUGAUAUUCUAGUAAUACAUGUACACUCAAAAAAAUUCAUUACAUUAUUAUAAAUUGUUUACUUAAAACUGCAUUAUUCUUGUACUGAAUGAACAAAAAACCGUUCUGUGUUCAAGGAACAUCAUAUCAAUGAUUUCUUAUGAGAGAUUAUUGUAAUGUAUAUGAAGUACAUUUAUAUAUCAAAUGCCAAAUUCCAAAAAAAAGGACAUUUAAACGAUCUUAAGAUAUGCCAUAUUUGUUUCAGAUGAUUUAUAUUUGCUGACAGGCAUUUAUCGAUAAACAUUCCUUGAUGUUGUUUUAAGCAUUUGUGAUAUGUUUUAGUAGACGACUUUCACAUCAACAAAAUCUGUCUGCUAGGGUCAAUCUAAGGUCAAUGUGUGAAGGUCACUUAUCCUUUUACAACAUUAACAUCUCUCCAGAACUAUGUCUAUUGUAUUCUCAUUCUGUUUCUUGUGUUGUAAACUGUAGUUCCAUACAAUAAAAAAAAUAAGAUUGGAACAAAACUGUUGAAACAUUUGUUGAAAUAUUGACAUGUUUUAUUAAGUUUACCAAGUUAACAUUGCACAAACGUAUAGGUUUUGAAAUGUGAUAGGUGUCCACUGUGAUAUUCUCUGUUAACAGAAUCUGACUAUUUAAUACCUUUGUUAGUGUAACCAUGGCGAUUUUCAUUCGACCAGUAAUAAGGGCCAACUUUUCAAUUUUCUAUGCCCCAAAAAAUUAUUGCAACUUAGUGUUAUGAUUAAGGUAAGGAUGUACUGAUAAUUAAAGUUUCUCUAAUUUUGUUAAUUAAAUAAGAUGCUUAACAUGAUUUUAAUUAACUAUCCUCUUUUGUUAGAGUUCUGGGCAUUCAAAAGGAAAAAUAUACUGUAUUUUAUGAUGAAUGCUCUAGUCUAUUAAUUUUAUUAUACUCACCAAUGCUCUGCAUUUUACGUAUUUUACACCUGCUUGUUUUUGCUUCAUUUGAUCUGCUAUUGA